AUGUCUGCAACUGCAGUGCGUCCCGAUCCUUUUCGGCCUGCGACAAGGGUCGCAGGGCAACGGCAAGAUGUUUGGACUAUUGUGAAUGAGGCGGCCGCGGCUUCGCCCGUUCAGCCGAUUGUGAACAUGGGACAGGGAUUUUUUGGCUAUAAUCCGCCCAAAUUUGCAUUGGACGCCGCAAAAGAAGCCCUCGACAAGGUGGAUUGCAACCAAUAUUCUCCAACCAAGGGUCGACCACGAUUGAAGAAAGCCAUUGCAGCUGCCUACUCCAAAUCAUUUGGUCGCGAACUAGAUCCCGAGACCGAGGUCUCGAUUACUACCGGCGCAAAUGAAGGAAUGCUGAGCGCCUUCAUGGCCUUUAUUGAACAAGGUGAUGAAGUCAUCAUCUUCGAGCCCUUUUUUGACCAGUACAUCAGCAACAUUGAGAUGCCUGGCGGUAUCAUUCGAUAUGUCCCUCUGCAUCCCCCACAGGACGGUGCUACUAGGACAUCUUCCGCCUCCGAAUGGACCAUCGACUUUGAACAAUUAGAAAAAACAAUCAACCCAAAGACAAAGAUGAUUGUUCUCAACACACCACAUAACCCCGUUGGCAAAGUUUUCUCGCGAGACGAGCUUGAGCGUAUUGGUGCUCUCUCCACCAAGCACAACCUGAUAAUCCUCUCUGAUGAAGUUUACGACCGACUAUACUAUGUCCCAUUCACACGCAUCGCAACACUCUCUCCGGAGCUAUACGAACGCACCCUCACCGUAGGUUCUGCCGGCAAGGCGUUUUAUGCUACGGGUUGGCGUGUGGGCUAUCUCAUCGGACCGCCCCAUUUAAUCAAGUAUGUUGCUGCUGCUCAUACCCGAAUUUGCUACAGUAGUGUAUCCCCUCUACAAGAGGCCUCUGCCGUGGCAUUCGAACAAGCCGACAGCCAGGGAUUCUGGGACGAAUCUCGUAAUGAAAUGAAGGGCAAAGUCGAUCUCUUCUGCAAAGUAUUUGACGAACUUAACAUCCCCUACUCUGAUCCAGAAGGUGGCUACUUUGUUCUUGCAAACAUGGCCUCCGUCAAACUGCCUGAAGACUAUCCUUUCCCUCCACAUGUAGCCAGCCGACCCCGCGACUUCAAGCUCUCGUGGUUCCUUAUUAAAGAAGUUGGUGUGGCGGCUAUCCCUCCCACAGAAUUUUAUACCGAUGCAAAUGCGCAUAUUGCUGAGGACUACUUGAGGUUUGCAGUAUGCAAGAAUGAUGAUGUUCUCGAGACGGCUAAGGAGAGAUUGAGAGGGUUGAAGAAGUAUAUCAAACAGUAA